CCCGCCUCUCGGCGCUACUCUGCAAAGCGCGCCCUGGCACGCCGCGCGAGCCUAAGGGGGUCGGGGACGCGCCGUAGGGAGGCACGGGUCCCCGCCGAGACCGCACGUCGUCGUGAAGGGCAGCCCUUGACCUAACGCUGCGGAGGGGCUGCACCCUCUGGGAGCCAGCUAGAACCAGAGCGGGAGCGCGCGGCGACUGCGGCCACCAUGGUCUCCGAGAGCAAAAAGCCCACGACCCACGACAGCCAUGAAAAGCAACUAGACACCAAAAUCCUGCGGAGCGUCGUAUUGCAGAUGCACGAGGCCUUCCCGAAGAUUUGUAUAGCCUGGAACGUCAAGGGGAGCAUGAACAAGAACUGGAAGAUGCUCUUCGAAAGGCUGGACACGGACGGGAGUGGUCGCUUGGACUACAACGAAUUCACCGGAGCCUUGGCCGAUGUUCUUAAAAUAGACGUACCGGAGGACCAUCUCAAAGCGCUGUGGGCCUACGUCGACCACGAUAAGAGCGAACUUGUAAGCAUAGAGGAGUUCCAGCACGCCUGCUAUCUUUUGCUAUUAGAGGACUGGCCUAUACUAAGUGAAGAAAGACUCGAACAAAUAUGUAUCAUUAUCAAUGAUGCGGCGGUCCACGAAUUCUCGAAAGAAGGGUCCGGCGUGACGUCGGGCAACUGGUUCCAGAUUUUUAAUAAAUUUGACACGGAUGAGAGUGGGAGGUUGGGCUUCGAGGAGCUCGAGGGCGUGACGCGCAUGCGGGAUCCGGGUUUGAACCUAAGAGAAUCAGACUUAUCAACCCACGACCUGAAAGGCCUCUGGAAAGCGAUAGAUAAAGACUGUAGUGGAGAUGUGACAGUAGAUGAAUACAUGCAUUUCAUGAGAGCUAGAGGACCGCAGAUGCACGAGCUUACCGACUACUCGAAGAAGAUGCGUGGGUUAUCACUAGGUAAUGAAAUUAAAGUAUUGCCGGAUUUAGAUGACGAAGCAAGGGAGGCCGCCGAAGCUUUACCUGUCUCGGCACUCAGGGAAGUGGUCUUACAGAUGCACGAGGCCUUCCCCAAAAUUUGCCUGGCCUGGAACGUGCGCAAUAGUAUGCGGGGCAACUGGCAGAUGUUGUUCGAGAGGUUAGACACGGAUGGGAGCGGCAUGCUCCACUACGGCGAGUUCCAGGACGCCAUUCGGGAAGUACUGUCCCUAGACGUGGCCGAGGAUAAAGUGUGGGGCCUCUGGUGCUACGUCGACAAAGAUCGCUCGACACAAGUCACGAUCGGCGAGUUCCAGUCCGCACUCUAUCUCUUGUUACUGGAUGCGUGGCCUUCACUAGAGACGGAACACUUGAAUAGGUUAUGUGAAAUAAUUAACGACGCGGCGGUGCAUGAAUUCAGCAAAGAAUCUAUAGCCGUAUCUAGUGGCAACUGGUUCCAGAUCUUUAAUAAAUUUGAUACCGAUGAGUCCGGUAGACUCGGAUGGGAAGAACUAGAAGGCGUCACGCGCAUGCGGGACCCUGGAUUAAAUCUGAGAGAAGAAGAUCUCAGUACACAUGACCUGAAGGGCCUCUGGAAGGCCAUGGACGCCGAUUCUGAUGGAAAUAUCACGGUCGACGAGUUCAUGCACUUUAUGAAAAAAUUCUAUGAUCCUAUGUUAGCGUAUACGGGUCCUCGACACCGGGAACUCGAUGACGAGCAAAAAGCGACAGGCAAAGCCAUGACCGAGGAACAAUUAAGGCCAUUAGUACUAGAAAUGCACGACCAAUUCGACCGGAUCUGUUUUGCCUGGGACCUGCGGAACGCGAUGAAUAAAAAUUGGGCGAUGCUGUUUGAGCGGCUGGAUCUGGACGGUUCGGGCCGAUUGGACUUCGACGAGUUUGCUGCUGCUGUUAAUGACGUCCUGAAGUGCCCUUUUGAUGAUGUACAGUUGUAUGGCUUGUGGUGCUUUAUCGAUACUGAUGAGUCCGGUGAGGUCACUAUCAAAGAAUUUCAGUCGAGGUUAUAUAUUUUGGUAUUGUCCGGAUGGCCCAUCCUGAAAAAGAAACAUAUGAAGCGGUUAUGUACGAAGAUUAACGAUGCCGCAGUACAUGAAUUUAGUAAAGACGGUUCUGGUAUUACAGAAGGCAACUGGUUCGCGAUCUUCAACAAAUUCGACACGGACGAGUCGGGUAGACUGGGCUUUGAGGAGCUCGAGGGUGUCACGAGGAUGAGGGAUCCCGGGCUCAAUCUCAAGGAGAAGGACAUGUCGCAAGACGAGCUCAAAGGUUUGUGGCGAGCCAUCGACGAAGACUCGUCCGGGGACGUCACGGUCGACGAGUUCAUGCACUUCAUGAAGGUCCACGGGCCGCGAUUCGAUGGGCAGUUCAUCGCACAGAAAAAUAUCUCUCAUGAGGAGUUCAUGCGCAAGACGUCUGAAAUGCGCAAGUCCCAGGAGGAGAAGGAGCUCAGAGAAGCUAGGAAGCGGCUCAUGAGCGCGGAACGGCGCCGCAAGAAGCGGGAAGAGAAACAUCUGGAAAACGUCGCAAAGUUAAAAAAGUUGCGGGAACUCGAUUUUCGAGAAAAGAACUCCCCGGCCUACAAGAAACGACGUAAGAGGCAGGUCGGGCAGUUGACCAAACUGUCGAAAUCUCCACUACUCGCUGGGUGUGAAGAUAUUAUCCCGCACUUACUCAAGCCGGGCGCGAACAUCCCCAUGCCGUUAUCUGUCACUGGUGGAAGGAAUAGAAUACUGGCAUUGAAAGCUAAAAGGCUGGAGGAGGCGCAGAAACGGGCCGCGGCUCUCGCGUUAGCUCGGAAGGAAGGUAGCAAGCGAGCCGUGAAAUUUGGAGCGGGCGUCGCGUCGGCCUUCGGGGCUGCGGGUGCGGAGCGGGCGGAGAAGCGGGCCAUCGCGGAAUCGAAUGCCCGCAAGAGCGCCUCGAAGAAGAAGCUCCUGGCGCAGGCCGGCACUUCUGGCAGUUUCCGCAAGGCGGGCGCGGCGCGCGCGGAGGCUCGCGCAAUCGCGGAAGCCGAGGAGGCCGAGCGUUUGGCAAGAGAGGCGGAAGUGCCGCAAUCGCCGGCGCGGCCCUACGAAUGCUGGUGCGCGCCGGCGCCGGCGCCGUACGCGGCGCCCGCGCCGGCGCCUUUCGAGGCCGAGGCCGAGGCCUACUCCGAGGAGGAGGAGUUGGCGUUUGAGGACGAGCCGCUCGCCGGCGAGUCGGUCUACGAGCCCGACGACGACGCCGUCGCCAGCGACGGCGACGAGGAGGCCGUCGCCAGCGACGCCGACGAGCCGGCCGAGGAGGAGCUCGGCGAGGAGCUCAUGGAGGAGGAGGUCGUCGACGAGGAGGACGGGUAAGUAGAUUCUAUAG